AUUGUGAUCUCAUUGACAAAAACAGCUGUUGCUUCCAGGAAACUACACUCGCUUCGGCCUUAGAGGCCCAGUUUGUCUCUCUCCCAAGGAAUAGUCAAGAGUAAGCAUAAUUACUUUGACUGAAGAUGGUCUUCUCGGUAUAUGUAUGACUCGAGGUUUACAUUUGUAUUUGUUUGCUUUCCAUACUAAAUAACACGGCUUAAUACAGUGCCAGACAGGCAAUUUAAGAUUACCAUCAGAGCCACCGUGAGUGACACUAUGGCUAGUUCGUCGAGUGAUUGGGUGCAAGUGCAACUCUAUGAACAAGCCAAUAUUCAUGGACAGGCAACACCUUCCUUUGGAUUCUCAGAUGCCACCAAUGUUGCAACCAGUGGUGCAUCGCAUAUCAUAAAUCCAAGCAGUUCAAUUACAUCAAGUGCUGGUGAUCAGACGUUGACCCCUAAAGGUUGUGGGUCGAAGCCAAUCAAAAGGAGGUCUAGAGCUUCUAAGAAGACACCAACCACCCUGCUCACUGCCACCACCGCAAAUUUCAGAGCCUUGGUGCAACAAUUCACUGGCUGUCCUAGUAAUCCCAUUUCAAUCGGGAACCAAAAGGGUCCAAUCACCUUGAAUUUUGGACUCGGGAGUGCACAAGAUCAUAGCUACGCGACUGCAGAAAUGGCACCUUUUGACAACAUUUAUUAUCAUGGGCCAUCUCAGAUGCAAGAACGACAGCAACCGAGGGAAAACGCACAGCAACUGCACCAGGACCAAGGAUUACUUGAUCAUCUUCCUAAUAGUAAUGCUUACUUCUCAAUGUCUAGUGACCUUGGACCUAAUUUAGACAGGCCAGCUGAUGAUGGGCUUUUCAAUAUGGACGAUAUUGCUUUGCAAGAGCUUGCUAAGGAGUCUUUCUCCGAGGAAAAUAUGAAUAAUAUUGAUUGCUUUUAGGGAUAGUUAACCAUAUAUAUCCAGGUGCGGUUUUGUUCGUAGAAUCUCCUCUUAGAGCUAUAUUGUAUGUUUAUCCAUCAAUUCCACAGGCAUGUAUGCUAUUUGCUAUUUAUUAAUUCCUCAUCCAAAUAACAUAGGAAAAGGAAUUAAGACUAAGACUAAGACUAUAUACUAUAUAUUAAAUUUUCAUUUUUUUUUAUCAAACAGAGUGGGAUAGAGCUGAAUCUUAGUGAAUAGUGACGCCAUAGACCAAAGUUAUGAUUAACUGCGGGCUAUUUGGUAAGAGAAAAAAAAUACUCACUGGAGUUUUGAUCAAUUGAAACCUAACCUUUCAUUUA